UGGCAGUGUCGUGUUGCCUGGCUGCGGCCACAGAAUGGAAACCUGCAGGUGUCCCCUCAGUUACCUGAUCUCUUUCCUCCUUUUCCUGUUCCAUUCAGAGACAGCCUGCCAUCCCUUGGGGAAGAGACCUUGCAGGAUGCAAGCCUUCAGAAUCUGGGAUAUUAACCAGAAGACCUUCUACCUGAGGAAUAACCAGCUCGUCGCUGGUUACCUGCAAGGAUCAAAUACUAAAUUGGAAGAGAAGUUAGACGUGGUGCCCAUUGAGCCUCGUGCUGUGUUCCUGGGGAUCCAUGGGGGGAAGCUGUGCCUGGCCUGCGUCAAGUCUGGUGAUGAGACCAAGCUCCAGCUGGAGGCAGUUAACAUCACUGACCUGAGUAAGAGCAAGGAUCAAGACAAGCGCUUCACCUUCAUCCUCUCGGACAGCGGGCCCACCACCAGCUUCGAGUCUGCCGCCUGCCCCGGCUGGUUCCUCUGCACAGCACUCGAGGCCGACCGGCCCGUCAGCCUCACCAACACGCCUGAAGAGGCCAUGAUGGUCACCAAGUUCUACUUCCAGAAGGACUAGUGGUGGGUCCAUGCCGCACGUCCCCCACGCCCAGCACACCGGUGACCCCGGAGACGCCUCUCCACCCUGCCCGGGGCCUCCUGGGCUGUCGUGGGGGCUCAGAGGAGCAGCCCUGGUGGGGUGGACCCUCGGAAGGAUGGACGAGAGCCCCGGUAACAGGACUCUGUCACCAGCCUCCUCAGCUAAGCAACCUCGAUGCUGCCUCCACGGUGGUCUUUCUAUGGUGCAGCUCAAGCCACCGCACUGCCCCAGGCCUUCUGGUGGAAAGCUAGGCCGCUCGGCCAGCCUGGGCCCCCUCUGCUCUCCUCUCCCUGACUCCUCAGCCUCCUCCCUCGCACUGUGGCCAUGUCCCGGAUCCCUCAUGCCCCUUGCUGGCCUCCCAAACCUUGUUUUGCCAACUGA